GCCCAACACUCCAUCGACAUCAUUGGGCUCUACCAGCAUGCUCUCCACACGGAGGGAUCCAUGAGCGUUGCGUACUCUGAGUCCAGUAAGUAUCCGGAUGCUGAUGAACUGGCUGGGGUGAUUGAGGCUCACGGCAUCAUGCAGAUGGACUUGCUCGUCAGGCUCGUGUCUUGCCCUCGAUCAACUUUAGCCCGUGGAGACUUGGUGGCAGACACCUGGCAGUUAUUGCCAGCAUCCCGCUGCAUCCUGGAUGGCUCGGCAGGGUGGACCCCGCAUAGAGUCCUUACGGACAGCGCUUCGCGAGUGAUUCUCCUUUUUCCCAAAAAGGAGGUGACCGCCGAGCCGAGGGCUUGGCAGACGGCAUCUGUCCAAGGAGCAGCUUUCAGGAAAUACACCGCCUUCAUCAAGGCCUACAAGCACCUCAAGCUACAGGGCAAACAGGCUCGCAAGGCUCUACUCAAUCGAGAACUUGGGCUUGCAGCAGAGGCGGCGCAGCGCAAUGUUGAGGAGCAUCGCACCAUUGUGAGGCACUUUGAGAACCUUUUUCAGUCGAAUGUUGCUGAGCAAGACCUCUAUGACGCCCUCCGCAGCACCAAGUACGGCAAGGCCGUGCCGAGCACAUCAGUGAAGAAGAAGCAGCGAGCUGGAAAGAAAGUGCCCGGCAACGGCUGGUUCAACAAGAGAGGAGGCUCCCGGACGGGCUAG